AUGACGCGGUCCGAUUUCUUCGAGCGCGGCUCGAUCUCGCUGAUUGCUGCCGAGUCGGAUUCCCAGCCGUUCGAUCAGCAACGGACGGCCCUACUUGCUCCUCCGUUUGUGCCGUGGCCCCUCGUCCCCGCGAUGGUGAUUGCCGGUGCUCCUGAGCCGACGCCAGAGCUCGCUGCCUCCUGGUCGGCAAUGGUCGCCAGGCAUCAGUAUGAGCCCGAAAGGGAGACCACGGCGACGAAGCCCCCUCUGCCUCCGGCUCCGAAGCCCUCGACAACAUCCUCUGAAAAGCUUCCUCCCCCCGGACCCGCGGCUCUCCUUGUCGCGGACGCGCCUGGUUCACCUGCGACUGUAGUCGCUCAGACUCUUGCAACUGCUGCUGCUGUUCCAUCUGCCCCGACUGUGCUGGCUGAACCCCAGGCGUCCCCCGCAGCACCGCCGGAGUCUGUCGCCGACCCCUCGGCUCCCUUGCCUGCGGGACAUGUCACCGCGCCUGAGUUGCCGACUCCUGCCUCUGUCUCGUCCCCGCAGGCGGCGUCCGCCACCACUGGCGGCCCGGCCCCGUUGGUUGGGCCCCCGGUUGGGGGUCCGGCUGCACCUGUUGUGCCACCGACUGCUCCUGUGGCGCAGCAGUCUCGCCCGCCGUCACCCAGCCGGCGCCCAUCUCGCCCUCAUUCUCCCGCUCCCCAGCAGGAUCGUCAAUCCUCUCGGCGCCGGCGCAAUUCUCCCCGUCGCCCGCAUCAGCAGGCCCAGUGGCACGCGAACCACGGCGGCCGCGGUGGCUGGUGGGGUCCCCGCGGUCGCGGAGGUGGUGGGGCGUACGAUCCGCCCGUGAGGAUGGCGGAUCUGCAGCGGGCGGUGUCAACUGCGGUGCGCGAGGAGAGGGCCGCCCUGACCCAAGGCAGCUCUCACGCUGUCGUGGCACGUGCUGCUCCUCGACAGGCUGAGCUUUCUGUGGGCCCGCCGCCGGCUGCACCUGUCCCUCAUCAGAGUCCGGCCCCGUCGGCUCUCGCUGUUGCUGCCUCUGCUCCUGUUCCUGGGUCUCGGCUUCGUCUCCCGCCCGUUCCGCCUGUGGCGGGAGUUGAAUUUGUGGCUGCGGGAGUGGGAGCGCAGUAUCCUCAUCCCGGAGUUGGCGGUUCAGCAGCUCCUUCCCUCGAGGAGCCGUUUCAGUUUCUGGCCCAGGCAUUACAGCCUCCACAAUCGCGCGUUCCAGAGGCGACUCUCGCCCAGCUCUUCCGCCUCGCGGAGAGCUUCCAUGCUCUGCAGGUUCUCGCGCAUUCGUCCCUUCCUGCAAUUCCCCCUGAGACAUUCCAGGAUCGCCACCGUGAGUCGUGCCUGGACGCAGCCGACCAGCUCGCAGUGUUGCUGGCGCCCGUGCUGGCAGCGCCCGUAGAGGGUGGAGUUGUGGCUGCUGGGCAGCUCGAUGAGGCUGUACGCAGCCUGAGGCGCCAUUUGCGUGCAGGUUCUGGAGCCGCCGCGAUCGGCGCAAGCACGCUUGUGGUCCGGGAGCUGUGGCGCUCCCUGACGGGCGUUCUUCACGCCCUUGGAGCUCACCGCAUGUAA